UGUGAGUUUAAAUGAGCAGGGGCCGGGCCGGGCCGCGCCGCCGCCGCCGGGACCGGGACACGGACUGAGGCGGAGCCUGGGCCCGCCCCGCUGCGGGCGCUGAGGGGACAGGAUGACGGUGCUGCAGGAACCCGUCCAGGCUGCUAUAUGGCAAGCACUUAAUCAUUAUGCUUAUCGAGAUGCAGUAUUUCUGGCAGAAAGACUAUAUGCAGAAGUACACUCAGAGGAAGCACUGUUUUUGCUGGCAACAUGUUACUACCGCUCAGGAAAGGCAUAUAAAGCAUACAGGCUCCUAAAGGGACAUAGCUGUACCACCCCACAAUGUAAAUAUCUGCUGGCAAAGUGUUGUGUCGACCUCAGCAAGCUGGCAGAAGGGGAGCAGAUCUUAUCUGGUGGAGUGUUAAAUAAACAGAAAAGCCAUGAUGAUGUUGUUACGGAGUUUGGUGACUCUGCAUGCUUCACCCUCUCAUUACUGGGACAUGUAUACUGCAAGACAGACCGGCUUGCCAAAGGAUCCGAAUGUUACCAAAAGAGCCUUAGUUUAAAUCCUUUCCUCUGGUCCCCUUUUGAAUCGCUAUGUGAAAUAGGUGAGAAGCCAGACCCUGACCAAACAUUUAAAUUAACGUCUUUGCAGAACUUCAGCAGCUGCCUGCCCAACACUUGCACAACAUUGGUGUCUAAUCACAACAUAUCCCACAGACAGCCUGAGACUGUCCUUAUGGAAACUCCACAAGACACAAUUGAAUUGAACAGACUCAACUUGGAAUCCUCCAAUUCAAAGUAUUCCUCCUUGAACACAGAUUCCUCUAUGUCUUACAUUGACUCGGCUGUAAUUUCACCAGAUGCUAUCCCUCUUGGAUCAGGAACUGCCAUAUUGUCUAAACAGGCUCAAAAUAAACCAAAAACUGGUCGGAGUUUACUGGGAGGACCAGCUGCUCUGAGCCCAUUGACACCAAGUUUUGGAAUUUUGCCACUAGAAACCCCUAGCCCUGGAGAUGGAUCAUAUUUACAAAACUACACUAAUUCAUCUUCUGUAAUUGAUGUGCCAUCUACAGGAGCGCCUUCAAAGAAGAAAUUUUGUGUUAUGCAGUCUGUCACCAGGAUAAGCCAAGCGGGAACAAAGUCUGUCUUCUCACAGAGUGGAAAUAGCCGGGAAGUCACUCCAGUCCUUGUUGCACAAACACAGAGUUCUGGCCCACAGACAAGUACAACACCUCAGGUAUUGAGCCCAACCAUUGCUGCUCCACCUAAUGCACUGCCUCGGAGAAGUUCUCGCCUAUUUACUAGUGAUAGCUCUACAACAAAGGAGAACAGUAAAAAGUUGAAAAUGAAGUUCCCACCUAAAAUUCCAAACAGAAAGACAAAAAGUAAAACAAAUAAGGGAGGAAUAACCCAGACAAACAUAAACGAUAGUUUGGAGAUCACCAAACUGGACUCGUCCAUCAUCUCAGAAGGGAAAAUCUCCACUGUCGCACCACAGAUCCAGGCUUUCACACUACAGAAAGCAGCAGCAGAAGGAUUGAUGAGCCUUCUUCGUGACAUGGGGAAAGGUUAUUUAGCCUUGUGUUCGUACAACUGUAAAGAAGCGAUAAACAUAUUAAGCCAUUUACCUUCUCACCACUACAACACUGGCUGGGUGCUGUGCCAAAUUGGGAGAGCUUACUUUGAGCUUGCAGAAUAUAUGCAGGCGGAGAGGAUAUUCUCUGAAGUAAGAAGGAUUGAAAACUACAGAGUUGAAGGCAUGGAGAUUUACUCUACAACGCUAUGGCAUCUUCAGAAGGAUGUUGCACUUUCAGUCCUAUCAAAAGAUUUAACAGACAUGGAUAAAAAUUCACCAGAGGCGUGGUGUGCUGCAGGAAACUGUUUCAGCUUGCAACGGGAGCAUGACAUUGCAAUCAAGUUCUUCCAGAGAGCCAUUCAAGUUGAUCCAAACUAUGCGUAUGCCUACACUCUCCUGGGGCAUGAAUUUGUGUUAACAGAAGAACUAGACAAAGCAUUAGCCUGUUUUAGAAAUGCAAUCCGAGUCAAUCCUAGACAUUAUAAUGCAUGGUAUGGGUUGGGAAUGAUUUAUUACAAACAGGAGAAAUUCAGCCUAGCAGAAAUGCAUUUCCAGAAAGCACUCGAUAUCAAUCCUCAGAGCUCAGUCUUACUAUGUCACAUCGGAGUAGUCCAGCAUGCACUGAAAAAAUCUGAAAAGGCUUUGGAUACUCUAAACAAAGCCAUUAAUAUUGAUCCGAAGAACCCACUAUGCAAAUUCCAUAGAGCUUCUGUAUUAUUUGCAAAUGAAAAAUAUAAGUCUGCUUUACAAGAACUUGAAGAACUGAAACAGAUUGUUCCCAAAGAGUCUCUUGUUUACUUCUUAAUAGGAAAGGUUUAUAAAAAAUUGGGUCAGACUCAUCUGGCCCUUAUGAAUUUCUCGUGGGCAAUGGAUUUAGAUCCUAAAGGAGCCAACAACCAGAUCAAAGAGGCCAUUGAUAAACGUUACCUUCCAGAUGAUGAGGAACCGAUAACUCAAGAAGAACAGAUCAGCGAAUGUUACCCAUAUGAGUCAGUUGGCACAGAUGAAUCCCAAGAGAGCAGCAUGACGGAUGCAGAUGACACGCAACUCCAUGCCGUUGAAAGUGAUGAAUUUUAACCUCCAAAAGCCAGUAUCUGAGCUUGGGUGUGUGAUUGGUACUGUUAUGUUCUCCCCUUCCUUCACGUACUGGGUCUUCACAUCACUGAGCCAGCAUUGUCAUUAUUCUCCACUGACACCAUGAGUGCACCACUCAUCAGAUUUUAAACAUACACCGAAUUAAUGGCAGUGCGAUGUUUAGCUGCUACUGAGACUGACUAGUUGGCUCUUACACCUUUAUGAAAUGACUCUUUGAGGAGGAAAAACAUAUUUUUUUCCAACUCCUCCUUUGUUGGAGAGCUAUAAUGGAAGAAAGACUUGUGGUUUGCUCUAAGUGAGCCGAUAGAUGUGGGAAUAGAACAAGAAACUGCUUCCUUAGUACUUUCUCCAGAAACGUGUCUCAGUUUGAUUCUUUCUUGGUAAGCAGAGUGCUGAACUUCCAUUUCCAAGUUCUUCAAAGACAGCGUUAAGUGUAGGAUGGGACAGGUUAAAAACUUUUGCAUAUUAUAGUGUAACUUAAAUGCCAGGGAAUGUAAAUGACCUUAAAGCCACAGUGUCUCCAGUGAACAAAAUACAGCGCACAUGCUCGGGAUUCAGAGUGUGUGUCAAAAUAUUAUAACAUAUCCGGUGUCCCUACUUAGUGUAAACUUGUUCUUAGCCAGAGGAGCACAUUGCACCAUAGCAAUUAUUACAGAACGCUUUAAUGUUCUAGCCAAGAGUUAAUUUAUUCAUCUAACUUCCAAAAUGUCAAUUGUUGUCUACUUAGUACUUCAGCGAAACAAGUCAUUAACGUGUUGCCUCUUCUUCAGGUGCCCCUUGGAUUCGGUUCUGAUGUUCAGAGAAUAAAAAGUUUAUUGUAAGAGCAAAAUAAAGAGAGACGUGUAGAUAAAAUUGUAAUGUUGAAAGGAUAAAAGUAAUAUAAGCCACAGUGACAACUUGUUUCUAAAUAGAUAAAGAAGCCAGGAAGACAGUGUAAGCCUUAACACAAUCAAAACCUUACAGUAAGAUGCAUCAAAUAUUUGUCUAAGACAGUAUCCUUUUAAAAUUAUUUUGUAAAGUGUUGUCUGAGCAGGAUGCAAAAAUGUGCAAUUAUCUUUUUUUUUUUUUUAAUCCAUUCUUUAAGAUUCUUGGAGAAAAUUCUCACUCUAUCUGUAGCAAUUGAGUGCCCUGGAGGCUGUUUCUGUGAGAAGAAAGCGAGGCUAUAUUAAAGAAUCCAAAAUUCUCUUUCUCUGUAGCACUCUGCAACAAAGAUUGGUGCCCUUUAUGCAGUGACCGUAAAGAAAGUGUAUGAUAUCAUAACAGUUUUUUAAAGAGCAAAUUAUGCACAAUAAAUUGGGAAUGAUUCAAAUUUCACAGCAACAUAUUUGUUGUGAUCAGUCUUAAAAUUUGUUCUGUUCCUUUCCUUUUAAUGUAUAUUGUUUUUAGAAGACCGUUAGUUACCAUUAGUAGAACUUUAAUUUUUUUUUAAAUAUAUAUAUUUUUUUUAAGUGUCCUUGUCCUAGAUUAGGUACAAACAUGUCCUAUCACGCCUACUGUUUGGUUGUGAGAAGCAUUUUUUACCAUAAGGAGAAAAAAAUUCACAACACCUGCACAAAAAAUAUUCUCCAUUAUUCUGAAGUGAGUAGACAAGCAGUGAAAAUAGGCUGAACUCCAGUCAUAGUGAAAAUCUCUAAAACAUGGGAGGUGAUAUUGGAUGAAGCUUUGUGCUUUUGUCAAUACUGUAAAUUUGUUUAUUUCUGAAAAUGAACUAAAUCUCAUUAUAAAUCAUGCAAGUGUUUCAACUGAGUAAAGAGUGCACUAGAUGCAAGAUUUCUUUGGUGCUAGAAAAGUAUUGCAGUUAGGCUCUUGCAUGAUAAACCAUCCCUUAAAAGGAAAACACCAGGGUUGAAAUUCCCCAGUGGAAUUGUACUAUAGUAAAGUAUCCUCACCUGCUGUUCCCAUGUAGUAUUCAUGAAGUUACCUAUAUCUGCAUGGUUUUUUCUUUCUUUUCCCUCCCAGUCUUAAAGCAGCUGUAGCACUCCAAGAUUUGCACCUCCAUAAUAGGGUUUCCACAAGAGUGAGUUACAAAGAAAUAACACAUCGUACAGUCUGGAGCUACAGUCUGUGUGAAUAUUAGCUACACAGUAUAAUUGGCUACCUUUUGGUAGUUGAAGUUUACAUUCUCUAAACAAAAAGCAGGAGUGUCUCUUUCUCUCUCCCCAUGCCCCGUCUACUUGAGAGCUGUAAAAUUCUGGUUUUAAGCCCUUAGGCCAGGGGUUGACGACCCCUGACUUAGGCCUCGCUGACCAGGUUUUAGGCCCCAAAUUUGACUUAUUUUUUUUCCUUGUCUGUUUUCAAAGCGCAUGUGCUAACUUGGGGAUUUCCCUGAAACAAAUGCUGCUUUAUUUGAGGGCAAGAGAUGGAAACUAGCAAAUCCCCCAUAUGGGGAAAAAAUACCUUGAAUUUCCUUUAUAGCUGUUUAAUUUUUUAAACAAUUUUGUUCUUUAAAUGUUGUAAACUGUUAUAUUGGAAUUCAUUUUUAAAUACCCGGCAAAGGGCUCUUAUCUCAGAUAAGAUUUUUAAAAGGAUGCAAAUUCUAAACUGAACAUUAGUGCUCAAAAUAUUAAAUCGUCCCCUGCGUUAGAUGUACGUCAUCACCUACAUUUUAUUUUUCUCAAGAAUUGCAAGUUACGUUUAAACCAUGCUGCUAUUUUACCUUCUUAAAAACCAACUGCACGAAAACCAUUAUUUUAAUCAAUCUACUUAUCUGCUCUUUGAGGGGCGAGGGAGGCGAAAUGUGAACGCGCGCUGACACCCAAACUAGAGCAAAUGUGUUCACUGAAGAAUUAGGGGACUGUCAUUUAUUAAUACAAAAACAUGCAAAAAUGCAAAGCGUGGGUGUGGUGUGUACUAUUUGCAUUGAAACAAUGUAAUUUUUGUCUUUUUUCCUUUUUUUUGCUUUUCCUGACUUUUAUUUCAUAAAUUGUACAGUCUUAGAAAAAAGUCUUUUCUGUUAAUAUAUUUGCAAUUCAUUAAAGGACGUGGAAAUCCAAAUAAACUACUUUUAAAAGCAGUUUUAUAAUCAGGUGCUUGAUGUAUGGAUCCCUCCUCCACCCCCACCCCGGAGGAGCGGAUGAGUUGCUCACUGAGGGCCCAGUCGUACAAGCACACUCUCCUUAUUGAGUUCAGUGGGAUUUCUCACAUGGGAAGUGUUUUCAGGGUUGGGGCCUAACUGUGGCUGCUUUUGUGUGCUGCUGGUUGACCUACUAGGCUGAAAUAAAGGAAACUGAGUUUUUUCUUCUUGAUGGAUUUGGCACUCUGUGACAGCCUCUUUAAGCACAAAACCAGUACAAGCGGCAUUGUGAGUUCUGCACAAAUGCAAGCACACUCCUCAGCUCUGUCCCAGAAGGAUCAACUGCGGGAUGUUGAUCAUCUUGUCCAUUCAGUCCUUGACCUGUCUGAAGAGUUAGGUGGCGUGUGUGUGUGUUUGUGUGUGUUUGUUGUUCGGGGGGGUUGGUUUGUUUUAAUGGAAACUAUCUGCAAGUACUUGGCAGUGGAACUUUCAUAACGGUGAACGUACUUGUUUACUGAGAUUUAAACCAUCUAUACUGAUCAGAUCUAUUGGGUAAUGGACACUACUAGGUGCCUUCAUGACAGGAGACAAGAUCAAGAGAAACCUUUGGCUCUUGACACACCAGCGUGUGCUGCUUACAGUGCUGGUAUAUUCUCUGGUGACUAGUUAAAGGGUUGCAAUAGUGGGGUGAAACUUUGACAAUGGCUUCUUCUCCAGCCACAAUAUUAACAUAGCAAUCAUUUGAUGUGAGGAAAGAGGAGAAAUAACAUAUCUAUAUAGGAGGAAAGGUAGCCCAGACCAAAAUACCAAAUAGUCCCCUAAAAUCACCCAUUCGCUGAUGCCAGGCUUUGAAACCAUGUGAAAGACCCACAUGGAGAAGGGGGAAGUGACUACCCUAAGAGCUGUCAAAUGUACAAAGAAAAUCCUGAAAUAUUUCUCAUCUUUCCAUUUUGGUAACCUGACGUUUGUUACAACAAUGUGUAACACCUUCAGACAAGUCAUCUUUUUUAAAUUGGUGUGUUCCUUUAAUUUGUGGCAACUUUAAAUUGUACAGGAGGUUUUCUUUUACCUCUGCUCUGAGGCAAAAUACAGACAAAAAUGUAAAGGCUUCAAGCCUCCCGCUCCUUUGUUUUCCCACCUGAUACGCUAGAGCAGCCUGUGGUUGAUAGGGAACACAUUCUGUACUCUGCUCCCAUGGACGCUAUUACGUAUUGACUUUGGCACAAGACUAUUCAAACCUGCAAAAAUAUUGUUUAGUGUUUGCAGACAAAAAUAUGUUUAAAUACUGCAUUGUAGAUACCAGCCUUAUAAUACAAGCAAGGAUUUUGUUGCCGGACGAGUAUUUGGAUCUGAAGCAGACUACAUAUUGGGCAGCACUGGGAAAAGUCCUCGCUGAAAUUAAAUGAACACCAGUAUUGAACUUUUGUAGCAAAAAAAGCAAGAUUUUUGCAUUCCAUAUUCACUUGUAAUAACUUAAGAAUUUGCAUACUGGAUCUAACCACUAUCCAUACACCAAAAGUGGCCAGGAACAAAUGCUUCAAAGGAAGGUGCAAAUAUAUACCAUAAUGGACAAUUAUGUUCCUAUCUGAGAAGUUUUGUUCCCAGGUAGAUAAUGGCUGAGAGAUUUUCCUAAUUUUUUAUGACCUAUCUAAUAUAAUAGGAUGUUCUCUUUAUCCAUGUCAAUGUCUAAUCCUUUUUUUAAAUCCCACUGAGCUCUUGGACUAUCUCCUGUGGCAGAGAGUUCCACAGGUGCACCAAUUUUUUUAUUAAUGUUUUUGAAUUUUAGUGUGAUAUUUUUCCCCUUCUAAUUCCGUUCAGUUUGUUUAAUUUGCAACUUUGUCAAAUUUCAGAACUUAAAGGAAAACUGGAAACUCUUAAUUUUUUCUUACUUCUGUUGCUUAUGACGGUCUCUAGUGAAAGAUUAAUUUUAAUAGGGUUUUUAACUGUUUAUGUAAGUUAUCUUACUUGUAUCUCA